CAAAAUGUUGAGGAUGUGUGUAUGUGUGUGUAAUUGGCUUAACUGAGAGUUAGCUUUUAAGUUUUCUGAGAAUGAGCAAUUUGAACAUUAAGAUGAUCAGUUGCUUAUGUCGUGUUAGUAAAGCCAUUUGGAAGGAAUAUUUGAUUUUUAACAAAUUCUAAUAAUAAACAUGAAGUUCUUGUGUCUAUCCUUGUUUGUGGUUCUGCUGUUGGUUUCUUAUUCUGAAGCACAGCUGCAUGACGAGGACAUCCAUAUGAAUCAAGAGCUGUUAUCAAAUAAGAACAGUGGAAUUAAAACUAAACCAUUUACAAAAGGCGGUGUCGAGUUUACAACAAGAGCAGAUACUGCGGAAAUUGAGGAUUUAAAAAAUGUUGAUGAAAACAUGUUCAUUUCAAUUGCAACAACAGAAAAGCCUGGUUUGUGGAAGAGAAUUUUUGGAUAGACUAGAACAGUGUUGUCCAAACUUUUUGAGCCAUGGCACAUCUUGAUGGUAAAGCCUAAUCGAAACCGCACAAGGCGAGCUAUUUGCUGUUUUCUCAAAAAACAUCUUUGGCACACUAGUGUGCCGUGACACACAGUUUGGACAACAUUGGACUAGAAAAUAUUAAUUAAGAUUAUUCAAUUUUAUUGAAAUGUCAAAAUAAAACUUUUAUAAAAUAGUAAAAUAUUAAAAUAAAAAUAUUUCAUUUCAACUCUUUUUACUAAAGGGGCCGUUCAC